GCACGAAAAUCAAAGCAUGGCAACCCUCCCGUCAAACCUCGACAUAUCCGAAGCAAGCCCGGAAUGGCUUAACAAAGGUGACAACGCGUGGCAACUUACCGCAGCCACGUUAGUGGGCCUCCAAUCAGUGCCGGGCCUCGUAAUUCUCUACGGCAGCAUCGUCAAAAAGAAAUGGGCCGUGAACUCGGCCUUUAUGGCCCUCUACGCGUUUGCUGCGGUUCUCCUCUGUUGGGUUUUGUGGGGCUUCGAAAUGUCAUUCGGUGACCAAAUGUUGCCAUUUUGGGGGAAACCCGGAUUUGCCCUUAGCCAAGGGCACUUGAUUUCGCAGGAUGAGGAUUUCGUGGGGAUGUAUCCGAGGGCCACAGUUGUCUAUUUCCAGUUUGUAUUUGCGGCGAUUACGUUGAUUUUGGUAGCGGGCUCGUUGUUGGGCCGUAUGAAUUUCCACGCUUGGAUGAUUUUUGUGCCGCUUUGGCUGACGUUUUCGUACAGUAUUGGGGCGUUUAGUAUUUGGUCGCCGAGUGGGUUUUUGUUCAAGAAAGGGUUGAUAGAUUUUUGCGGGGGUUAUGUUAUUCACUUGGCCUCUGGGGUUGCUGGAUUCACUGCAGCUUUCUGGGUGGGCCCAAGAUCGACCAAGGACAGGGAGAGGUUCCCGCCAAACAACAUACUCUUGAUGCUCGCCGGCGCUGGCCUGCUAUGGAUGGGCUGGACCGGAUUCAGCACCGCCACCAGCCUCCUCGUCUGGCUCGGCCUCGAUGUCAUGUUCUUCGAUAAGCCCUCCGUCAUCGGUGCAGUUCAGGGGAUGAUCACCGGGCUUGUAUGCAUCACUCCGGCUGCCGGCCUGGUUCAGGGAUGGGCAGCGAUCAUAAUGGGCAUUCUAUCAGGCAGCAUCCCUUGGUACACAAUGAUGGUCCUCCAUAAGAAGAUCUCCUUCCUCAACAGAAUUGACGACACCUUAGCCAUCUUCCACACCCACGCCAUCGCCGGCAGCCUUGGUGGCAUCCUCACAGGAUUCUUGGCCGAGCCCAAGCUCAACCGCCUCUUCUUCGGCGACGACAAACACAUUGGUCUCAUCUACGCCCUCAAGGACGGGCGAGCCAGUGAAGGAUUUCGGCAGUUAGGCAUGCAGAUAGCAGGCAUAGCAUUCAUAUACGCCGUCAACAUCACGAUCACGUCCACCAUCUGCCUUGUUGUCAGACUGAUUGUGCCGCUCCGGCUGAGCGACGAAGACAUGGCAGUCGGAGAUGAUGCGAUCCAUGGAGAGGAGGCGUAUGCAUUGUGGGGUGACGGAGAGAAAUUCGAGAACUCAAAACAUAACUCUGUUUAUGAUGCUGACGAGUUCGCUUCAGCGGGCAAGGCUGUUCAGAUGACUUGAUGGGGUUGUUGAAGAAGGUUUGAAGCAAGUUUGGUGGUUGAGUUUAUUUUGAUGCAAGGAUAGGGUUUAAUGAGAGUUUCAUUGUGAGUUCGAAUUAUUUGCUUUUGAUGUUACGGUGAUCAAUGAAUAAUGAAGGAAAUGAAUUCCCAAGAGCUAAUAUAUUGUGCUGGCAUUAGACGUAGCAAGUUUCUUGAAUUUACAAGCUGCAUAUGCUGCAGUUCAGCUCUCACUGCUUUUUAAUUCAGGUUAAUUGCACAUACACCCCCUACAGUAUUGCUAUUUGAACUUACUGUCAGACUCAAUUCCUUUACCUCAGGUAGAUGUUUGCGUCAAAAGUUAGUCUCGUUGUGGAAUUCAUUAUAUCUUCGUUCGAU